GUUCAAUGGUUGUAUAAAGAAGUACCGGUUAAUGUUGUAAAUUUUUAAUAAACGUAGGCAUAAAGAAUUGUUCCCACAGAACUGUGAACACCUAAGUUUCAUUUCAUUACCAUUACUGGUUAUUAUAUAUCAAGAUGGCGAGUGUAUCUUAUCAAAUAGCAAAUUUACUAGAGAAGAUGACCUCAAGUGAUAAGGAUUUUAGGUUUAUGGCAACCAAUGAUUUGAUGACAGAACUUCAGAAGGACAGCAUUAAAUUGGAUGAUGAUUCAGAACGCAAAGUUGUUAAGAUGCUGUUGCGAUUAUUGGAGGACAAAAAUGGAGAAGUUCAGAAUUUAGCUGUGAAAUGUCUUGGCCCAUUGGUUAACAAGGUAAAGGAAUUCCAAGUAGAAACAAUUGUGGAUUCACUGUGUAGCAACAUGGUGUCCGAUAAGGAGCAGUUGCGUGACAUAUCAAGUAUUGGUCUCAAGACGGUGAUCAGCGAACUUCCACUCGCUUCAAGUGCUCUUGCUGCAAAUGUUUGUAAGCGCAUCACUGGGCGACUGAGCAAUGCUAUUGAGAAGCAAGAAGAUGUGUCAGUGCAACUAGAAGCAUUGGAUAUCCUGGCGGACUUGUUAUCUAGGUUUGGAGGUCUACUUAUUAAUUUUCACACAACCAUCCUGGCAGCUUUAUUACCGCAGCUGUCCUCGCCACGCCAGGCCGUCAGAAAGAGGACUAUUGUCGCUCUGAGCCACCUGGUUAUGUCAUGUAACCAUCAGUUGUACACUAAAUUGAUUGAUUACCUUUUGGAUGGACUUUCUCGCGACACUUCCGCUUCCACCACUCGGACAUACAUCCAGUGUAUUGCGGCCAUUUGUCGACAAGCAGGCCAUCGAUUCGGCGAGCACAUCGAGCGAGUGAUGCCCCUGAUAGUGCGGUACAGCCGAGAGGAAGACGAUGAGCUCAGAGAGUAUUGUCUUCAGGCUUUUGAAGCGUUUGUACAUCGUUGCCCAAAGGAAAUUACUCCGCACAUUCAUACUAUUAUAGAACUGUGCUUAACGUACAUUACUUACGACCCGAACUAUAACUAUGAUGAUGACGAUGGCGACGGCGAAGAUGGAGUUGUAAUGGAGACGGAAGAAGAGGCUGAUGAUGAUGAUAACGAUGAAUAUUCAGAUGAUGAUGACAUGAGCUGGAAAGUUCGAAGGUCUGCCGCAAAAUGUUUGGAAGCGGUUAUAGCAACUCGACACGAGCUACUCUGCGACUUCUACCGGACAGUGUCACCAGCUCUUAUUGCGAGGUUUAAAGAACGAGAAGAAAAUGUGAAGUCGGACAUUUUCCACGCGUACAUGGCCCUCCUGAGACAGACGAGGCCCUCCGUCGGCGUGAGUCUUGAUCCGGACUGUAUGGACCAGGAAGAGGGACCAGUGUGUAUGCUACAGACGCAGGUCCCAGCCAUAGUGAAGUCCGUUCACAACCAGAUGAAGGAAAAGAGUAUAAAGACUCGGCAAGACUGCUUCACCCUCCUCAAGGAGCUCGUCAUUGUUCUGCCUGGAGCUCUCACCAACCAUAUCCCAGCCCUCAUACCAGGCAUCCAAUACUCUCUGGGCGACAAAAAUUCUAGCAGCAACAUGAAGAUCGACACCUUGGCUUUUGUAUACUGUUUGCUGACGUCGCAUUCACCCGAAGUGUUUCAUAGCCACAUGGCGGUGUUGGUGCCUCCUGUCAUCACGGCAGUCGGAGACGGCUUUUACAAGAUCACCGCUGAGGCACUGCUUGUUCUGCAGCAGCUUGUUAAGGUCAUACGACCUCUAGAUACUCCAAGUAAUUUUGACUUCACUCCGUUUACCGGUGAACUGUAUCGCUGCACGUUAAUUCGCCUGAAGGCGGCAGACAUAGACCAAGAAGUCAAGGAGCGGGCAAUAUCUUGCAUGGGUCAGAUCAUCUGCAACCUGGGUGAUUACCUACAGGGCGAACUUCAUAUUUGUCUGCCUAUCUUUCUGGACCGCCUUCGCAAUGAGAUUACUAGGCUUACAACAGUUAAGGCAUUGACAAAAGUAGCUGGCUCACCGUUGCGUAUUGAUCUGCGACCAAUUCUAGGUGAAGCGGUGCCAAUACUAGGUUCGUUCCUUCGAAAAAAUCAACGUGCGCUAAAGUUGAGCACACUUACCUUGUUGGACACGCUUGUACGCAACUAUAGUAGCGCCGUGAAUACAGAAUUACUCAAUAAGGUUAUAAUUGAAUUGGCACCACUGCUUAGUGAAGCUGACCUGCACAUAGCGCAGCUGACUCUGACAUUACUGACGUCGAUAGCCCAGUUGCACCCCGCGGCUCUAGCCCGCGUUUCUGAUGCAAUCUUACCAGAGAUUCUUAUCCUAGUCAAAUCGCCGUUGUUACAAGGUGCUGCAUUAAAUUCUAUGCUCGAGUUUUUCCAAGCCCUGGUGAAAGCUGGGCUUCCUGGACUGGGAUAUAGGGAUCUUUUGGCGAAGUUGGUGGCUCCAAUCACUCAUGGAAGUUCUGGUGGGACUGGAGGCCCAGUUCCCGUCCUCCAUAAACAGGCAUUCCACUCUUUGGCAAAAUGUGUGGCAGCACUGACAGUGACUUCGAAGCAGGAGGCUCUCUCCGUCGUGGAACAGUUCCUCAGAGAUGUGCAGACCCCUCGCAGCGAUGCGCAGCACAUUUUUGCCCUUCUUAUUAUUGGAGAGAUAGGAAGGCAUAUUGACCUGAGCAGUAUCACUAGCCUGAAGCAGGUGAUUCUUAAUUCAUUUUCACCUCUGUCAGAGGAGGUUAAGUCCGCAGCAUCAUACACUCUAGGUAGCGUUGCGGUUGGCAACUUGCCCCAAUACCUCCCUUUCGUAUUGCAAGAGAUCGAAGCUCAACCCAAACGCCAGUACCUGCUUUUGCACUCUCUGAAAGAGAUAAUUACAUGCCAGUCGUUAACUCCUGGUGGUGUACAGUUGCUCCAGCCUUUUGUGCCCGCCAUUUGGCAGCAGUUGUUCCGACACUGCGAGUGCGGCGAGGAAGGGACUCGAAAUGUCGUAGCAGAAUGUCUGGGGAAGCUGACCCUCAUCGACCCUUCGAGUCUACUGCCAAGAUUACAGGAAUCGCUAGUGUCUGAUUCAGCCCUCAUGAGAACGACGGUAGUCACGGCGGUGAAAUUCACAAUUUCCGAUCAGCCUCAAGCUAUCGAUCCGCUUCUGCGACAAAGUAUUGGCGCAUUUCUGAGAACUCUGCAGGAUCCAGACCUGAAUGUGCGCCGAGUGGCUCUUGUUGCUUUCAACUCGGCGGCGCACAAUAAACCAUCUCUUGUUCGUGACCUGCUAGACUCUGUUCUGCCGCAGUUGUACAGCGAGACUAAAGUUAGAAAAGAACUUAUCCGAGAAGUUGAGAUGGGCCCAUUUAAGCACACCGUGGAUGACGGUCUGGAUAUUCGUAAGGCAGCGUUUGAGUGCAUGUACACGUUAUUGGACUCGUGCUUGGAUCGCCUCGACAUAUUUGAGUUUCUGAACCACGUGGAAAAUGGAUUGAAAGACCAUUACGAUAUCAAGAUGCUGACGUACCUCAUGGUCGCCCGGUUGGCACAGCUGUGCCCUACCGCCGUGCUGCAGAGGCUCGAGAGGCUGGUGGAACCCCUUCGUAACACUUGUACCAUGAAGGUGAAGGCCAACUCUGUGAAGCAGGAAUACGAGAAACAGGAUGAAUUGAAGCGGUCAGCUUUGCGUGCUGUGGCAGCCCUUCUUACCAUUCCUGAUGCAGACAAGAACCCGCACCUCACCGAGUUCGUCUCUCAAAUCAAAACCACGUCCGACCUUCAGCCGAUCUUCGUCUCGAUCCAGAAAGACUCGACGGGACCUAGCCAAGAUGCGAAUCUCAUGGACCUAAGCUGAGUGGAACGUGCCUACAUAACUGCGACGUUCUUACUGGCAGCCAUCGUUCUCUGUGAAAGGUGAAUCGUUUACCAGCGUGAGUCGGUCAGUUCUACAUUUUAUGUCCUUGUGAAAUAGAUGGCGUUACGGUCAGCAGAAUAGUACAGACAGAUUUUCUAAACAGAAAGAAGUCGCUUAUUUCUCGGCGAAAGAUUCAAAACAUUCACGGUCAAGCGUGUUAUAACCUUAACUUUAGGAGAAUUUAUGCGUUUUGGUAUCGACAAUAUUUAAGCAUUAACCGAAAAAACUUGUUUGGUGUAAAGUUUAAGCAGUAUGCAUAAAACAAAUAUUUUAAAAUGUUUAGUGUUACAUUUUUUUUUCUUCAAAAAAAAAUAGUGUCAUUCUGGGUUCUUCCCCCCCCCCCAAAAAAAAUGUUACAUUUGAAUAAAAUUAAAUUAAUGGAAGGCAUAAGAUCUCUUUUCAUGUAACUUUUGUUCCAUCCUUCCUCGUUUUGUGUUUUUGUUUCAUUUCAAAAUAUUCAAAAUUCUGAUAAUGCAAAAACUGUGGAUGAAAAAUAUAGAAAAAAAUUUGUUUUAUUUCGUGCAACGGAAUUAAGAUUUUGGUACGCCGCGUAUAUUUCCUUUCGGCCGCUGUGUUUAGCCAGUUCUUGAAUAUUUAUUUGCAGUCCUGUGUGUAAGAGAAUUUCUGAUAAAGGAAGAACUGUGUAAUGUAUAAAUUA